UAAAAAUUUAGUACUAAACAUGAGAAUCUUUUUAUUAAUUUAUUUCAUAUAAAAUAAGACAAAUAACGGGAUUUCUUUUAGCAUAUAACGCGUCAGAAUGAAGGCGUAGACAAAAAUGUUACAUUUAUAAUUUAAAUUAUUCUUUAAUUUUACACAAAUAAUUAAAGCAAAUAACUAUUCAGUGUUUCAAAGACAUAAACAAAAUGUCUGAUAACCCAAAACUUGUACUCCUUUUCAGUGGCAAAAGAAAAUCAGGCAAAGAUUAUAUUACAGGAAUUAUUCACAAUUAUCUGGGUAAAGAUAAAUCUGAAAUAAUCCGUAUUUCACAACCUAUAAAAGCCCACUGGGCUGCUCAAAAAUCUCUAGAUCUGGAACAACUAUUAAGCGAUGGAGAAUAUAAAGAAAGCUUCAGAAAAGAUAUGAUAGAAUGGAGUGACCGAGUUCGAAAUGAAGAUUAUGGUUAUUUUUGUAAAGUGGCUUGCCAAGCAAUCUCGAGACCAAUUUGCAUAGUUAGUGAUAUCCGCAGGAACACGGAUAUAAAAUGGUUUAUUGAAAAAUAUGGUGCUAAAGUUAUAACAAUUAGAAUUAAUUGCAGUAAAUGCAUUAGAGAAUCUCGAGGUUGGAAAUUCACAGAAGGUGUUGAUGAUGUUGCAUCUGAAUGUGAUUUAGAUAAUUAUGAAAACUGGGAUUUUGUUCUUGUUAAUAAUAAUGAAACUACAACAGAGGAAUUGAUUCAACCCGUUAUAGAUUUAGUUAAAAAGUUCAUGUAAUAAUAAUAUGAUAUACUAUA